AUGAUUUAAAAGCCAAGUAAGUUAAAUGUAUCUCAGCCUAAAGAAGUGAAAAGAUUUAAAGUUUUAGUUUUAGGAGAUGGAGGUGUUGGAAAAUCUUCUUUAUUAGACAGAUUUAUAAAUAAUACAUUUGAUGCUAAAUAUAGAGCUACUAUUGCAAUUGAUUAUAAAAAUAAAACAAUUGAUUUACCAAAAGAAAGUGUUUAGCUAAAUUUUUGGGAUUUUUCUGGCCAUCCUGAAUUUUACGAAGUUCGAAAUGAAUUUUAUAAAGAUGCUAAUGCUAUUUUAUUAGUGUUAGAUGUCACUUUAAGGAGAAGUUUAGAUGGACUAGAUAUGUGGCUAAGAGAAGCUCAUGAAAUGGGUGUUUAAGGAAUACCAACUGUAGUCGUAGGAAAUAAAAAAGAUAUGUCAGUGAGAGCAGUAAGCGAAAAUGAUGCAUAUAAUUGGGCUAAAACAAGAUAAUUUGAUUAUUUUGAAGUAUCAGCUUCAUAAGGUACUGGUUUGGAUGAAUUAUUUAAAUUUUUAGCUGAAAAGUUAGCUAAAUAAUGA